AUGGUUGAGGAGCAGCCAUCUACCGCCGGCGUCGAGGAGCCGCGCGAACCAGAAUCAUGGGCAGACGAACGCGUUCGGCAAAUGGUCAUGGAUCUUCAGCGGCAUUGGCUAGUCGACUAUCAACAGUCCCGCGAAAAGCUCCUUUGUGAACUGACGGAGAGAUUGCAUCAAGAAUUCCUGGCGGACCAGCAGAAGAUUCGCACAGAAUUGUUGUCACAAUUCAAAGAUGAACUGGAUACGACGAGAGCAGAGUUGGAAGCCAAAUAUCGUGAAUCGCUGAAAAUGGAGAUCCAGAAAGUGUCCGAAAAGAACAAGCGGGACAUGCAGGCGAUGAAGAAGAAGCAGUGGUGCUGGCAAUGCGAGCAAGAAGCCAUCUAUCAUUGUUGCUGGAAUACGGCCUACUGCUCCGUUCAAUGCCAGCAGAGUCACUGGUCGACACAUCGGAAGUAUUGCCGCAGGAAGAAGCAGAAUCAAGGCGCUAAUGGUUCGUCGGCAGGUGGACCAGGACCCGCUGGUUCGGCUGAAGGAGGAGCCGCCUCGAUCGAGAACAAAGCCAUGUCA